ACCGUGCUCGGUCCCCAGCGGCGGUGGCAGCACUGACAGCAGCCUGUGCGCUGUGUCCUCGCGGCGCCCAGUAUCCAGCAUCCCGCAUCCGCUACGCUCCCCGCUAGCGCCAGUGCCCACCAUGGGGAAGCCCACGAGCUCUGGAUGCGACUGGCGCCGCUUCCUGCGGAAUAACUGGCUGCUGCUCUCCACGGUGGCCGCCGUGGUGCUAGGCAUUGCCAUAGGAGUCUUGGUUCGUGGACACAGUGAGCUCUCAAAUCUGGAUAAAUUCUACUUUGCUUUUCCUGGAGAAAUUCUAAUGAGAAUGCUGAAACUUGUCAUCUUGCCAUUGAUUAUAUCCAGCAUGAUCACAGGUGUUGCUGCACUGGAUUCCAAUGUAUCUGGAAAAAUUGGUCUGCGUGCUGUGGUGUAUUAUUUCUGCACCACCAUCAUUGCUGUGAUCCUCGGUAUCGUGCUGGUUGUGAGCAUCAAGCCUGGUGUCUCUCAGAAAGUGAGUGAAAUUAACAGGACAGGCAAAAGCCCUGACGUCAGCACCGUGGAUGCCAUGUUGGACCUGAUCAGGAACAUGUUCCCUGAGAACCUGGUCCAAGCCUGUUUCCAGCAGUACAAAACCAAGCGUGAAGAAGUGAAGCCUGUCAGUGAUCCUGGGGGGAAUGUGACAGAGGUGGCUGUCACCACCGCCAUGGCAACAAUGUCUAAGAACAAGACAAAGGAAUACAAAAUCGUGGGCCUGUACUCAGAUGGCAUCAACGUCCUGGGCUUGAUAAUCUUUUGUCUUGUCUUCGGACUUGUCAUUGGGAAAAUGGGAGAAAAGGGGCAGAUUCUGGUGGAUUUCUUCAACGCAUUGAGUGAUGCAACCAUGAAAAUCGUCCAGAUCAUCAUGUGCUACAUGCCAAUUGGUAUUUUGUUCCUAAUUGCUGGGAAGAUCAUAGAAGUGGAAGACUGGGAAAUAUUCCGCAAGUUGGGCCUUUACAUGGCCACUGUCCUGAGUGGGCUUGCCAUCCACUCCACUGUAAUACUGCCCCUGAUCUACUUCAUAGUUGUGCGGAAGAACCCUUUCCGGUUUGCCUUGGGCAUGGCGCAGGCUCUCCUGACAGCUCUCAUGAUAUCUUCCAGUUCAGCAACACUACCAGUGACAUUUCGCUGUGCAGAAGAAAAGAACCAGGUGGACAAGAGGAUCACAAGAUUCGUGCUGCCUGUCGGUGCCACCAUCAACAUGGACGGCACUGCGCUCUACGAAGCCGUGGCAGCUGUGUUUAUUGCACAGCUGAAUGGCUUGGACUUGAGCAUUGGGCAGAUCAUCACCAUCAGUAUCACAGCCACAGCUGCCAGCAUUGGAGCUGCUGGCGUGCCGCAGGCCGGCCUGGUGACCAUGGUGAUCGUGCUGAGUGCUGUAGGCCUGCCUGCUGAGGAUGUCACCCUCAUCAUCGCUGUGGACUGGCUCCUGGACCGGUUCAGGACCAUGGUGAAUGUUCUGGGUGAUGCAUUUGGGACUGGCAUUGUGGAGAAGCUCUCCAAGAAGGAGUUGGAACAGAUGGACGUUUCGUCUGAAGUCAACAUCGUGAACCCCUUUGCUUUGGAACCCACAAUCCUUGAUAAUGAAGACUCGGAUACCAAGAAGUCCUAUGUCAAUGGUGGCUUUGCAGUGGACAAAUCUGAUACCAUAUCAUUCACCCAGACCUCACAGUUCUAGAGGCCCAGCUUCAGGGGACUGGGAUGAGGCGGACAUCUCCUAGCAAACUCCAACAUUAACAAAUGAGAGAAACACUAAGAGUCAACUGCACAUUUAGUUUGAUAAACAGACCUCCAGAUUAUUUUCUAUAUUUGGCUUUAUGGCCUUUGUUCUCUGGGUUUGGGAAUUUGGGGUGGGGUAAAAUGACAGGAAAUUAAGACAGUUGUAUUAUCUGGAUUUUUCUAAUUCUAUAAAACAAAGUUUGGAAAUAUAUGAAGUAGCUGUUGAAAUUAGGUAAUGGAUAUGGAAGAGAAAUUGCUCUCUUGUGCAUAGACCAAUGUUUGGGGUUUUUAAACAAUAUUAUUAUUGGCUACAAAUUUUUACUCAGGCUUUCUAUUGGCGUGACUUCCUUUGCCUUCUCACUUUUUAUAUAAGAGCCCCAGCCAGUUAAAGUGCCAAAUUUUCCAUUUUGACCUCAUCUUCAGCCACUCUCAAACUACUCAAAAAAAAAGAAGAAGAAGAAGAAGGAUCAGCACAGUUCUGCAAUAAUAGUUUUAAGAUAGUUGUGGGGUUAGGGGAAGGGAGAGGGUUUUUUAUUCCAUGUACUGUAUUGGGAUGCUGGUAGCUGUUUAGCCAGUGUUCGGUAUAGAGGUUUAUGUAUAUGUGUGUAUAUUUAUUAUUUUCAUAUAAUUUGCAAGACAGAGAUCAGUAAUGAACUAUCAAUGUGAAAUAAGACGCUCUCCUUGUACUUGAAUCAAAACUGCAAUUCCAAGCCAGGCAGUGGUGACCCAUGCCUUUAUUCCCAGCACUUGAGAGACAGGGACAGACAGUUCUCUAGGAGUAUGAGGUCAGCCUGGUCUACAAAGUGAGUCCCAGAACAGCCAGGGCUACACAGAGAAACACUGUCUCAAGAAAACAAACAAACAGGCAAACCCUGCAAUCCCACUGAGGUGUACUUUGGAGCCCACCAGAGCAGUCAGGAGCUCUGGGAUGAGAAAUCAAGUUGCUGGGUUACUGUGUUUCAGCCCUAAAGCAGUAAUAUAUAAUGGUGAAAUUCUAUGGUGGCACAGCCAAUCAUUUCCAACUCCCAGACCCAAGCUCCCUCCAGGGAGGGAAUCCCUGUUGGCAGUGAAUAAAUGGAUUUAAAAGGCAGCUCUCCCAAAGGCUGGGUGUACUCAGAGUCAAACAAGGCUUCAAGGCUUCGUUCUUCAUGUACACUCAGGCCUACUUCACAAGGCUAUCACUUCACUGCCCUUGGUCCUGUCUGCCCCGCAGACACAACAGAGGCAAGCCAUCACCAAGUUGUGUUUCAAAAUGGGCUGCUGAAGUUGAAUAAGCCACAUUGCAAGGUGGCCAAGCUAUCCUUAUACUGUAUUCUUUGUAUUUUGUUUUAGGUAUUUAUUUUAGUUCAUUUUGUUUGUUUUGAGACAGGGUCUCUCUCUACAUAGGACUGGCUGUCAUGGAACUCAUUAUGUAGACUAGAGCUGGUGUCUAAUUCACAGAGAUCCUCCUGCCUCUGCCUCCCUCGUGCAAGGCUGAAAGUUGUGUGCCAUCAUGCCCAGCUCUGUAUUGUUCUUACAGACUAAAGCCCAAGCCAUGAACUACUGGUACCAGUGGUUCAGGGGGAAAACUUCCAUUCCAUUCUGUCUCCUCCUUCGGAAAGGAUUGUUCGAAGAAUCUUGGCCUUGCUGCUCAGAAUCCUCUGCCUGCCUUUCUCCUGCUCAUUUCUGAAGACGGCUUAUUAAAAGUCUACACUUCUGCCCUCCUCUUGUAAAUAUAGCUCAACAAAAAUGUGUACUUAACAGCCGUGUUUCUGUAGUAUCCUUAGCCACCUUAAACCCGUGGUUUUACAUUUAAGAAGCCAGGAAUUGUGCCAAAGAUACCAGGGAGGUAAAGAAAUGCUCAGUGUUGGCCACCUGCACCUGAAAGCUGCAAGAAAAUGACAGUGAAUUGUCAAGCAAACAUCAUCACAGUGACCAAGGACUGAAAACCGGAGUAUAAAUAUCGGUAUUCUUUAUAGGAAGUAAAUCUAAAUCUAAAUGAAGUUGAAUGAAUACUUUAUUUAGAAAUGAAUGGUUCUAUCCCCCUUAUCUGGUGACUCUCAUUAGUGACACUGGAGUUGGCAGAGCUGUUCACAAAUUCACUGGGGUCAUUCCCCUUAACACACUGUGCUGUUAACUCAUGAAAAAAGGACAUGUUUCAUUUCCUUCUCAAUAAACAUUUCUCAUACUCUUUGUCCCCUUA